UUUCUAUUUUUAGCUCAUAAACACAUAAACCACAAUCACUACUCUUUUUCUCAAGAUCGAUCAGAGUCUCCUCCUCUGUUGCGUUCAAGCGUGGAAGACGAUGAACAUCUUCCAAAGCCGAAAAUUCUCAGGCCUCUGUGUUCUCUCAAUCCUGCUCGUAUCAGUCACGAUCAUCCUCUUAACCAACGACACCAUCGAUCUCUUCCCUUACCUGUCUCUCUCUUAUCUCCGUCGCUCUUCCCUCUCCGACGUCCCCACCGUCACACCAGCCUCUACCCCCACCACCGUGAACAACUCCUCUCCACCCCCUCCGGAACCACCGCUCUCUCAGACCCCCGUCGUCGUCGAUGAUGAACCGGUUCAUCAAGAUUUGGAAAUGGAUUGGGUUCAAGACAAGACUAGUUUGAAGGUGGAGUGGACGAGGUGCGAGAGUCCAGAUUACAUGCCGUGUCUAGACAACGUAAAAGCCAUCAAGAAACUCAAGUCUAAGAGGAACAUGGAGCACAGAGAGAGGCACUGUCCUGUUCCUCCACCUAGAUGUCUUGUUCCUUUGCCAAAACGCUACAAGGCUCCUUUGCCUUGGCCUAAGAGCAGAGACAUGAUAUGGUAUGAUAAUGCACCUCACCCAAAGCUUGUAGACUACAAGAAAGAUCAGAACUGGAUUCGUAAAACCGGACCUUUCUUUGUCUUCCCUGGAGGUGGAACUCAGUUCAAAGACGGUGUUAUUCACUACAUCAACUACAUACAAAAGACGUUACCUGCUCUUGAAUGGGGAAAGAAAGUAAGAGUGGUUCUUGACGUUGGUUGUGGUGUGGCUAGCUUUGGUGGGACAUUACUAGACAAAAACGUGAUCACAAUGUCCUUUGCUCCCAAAGACGAACACGAAGCUCAGAUUCAGUUCGCAUUAGAACGUGGCAUCCCAGCUACACUAGCUGUUAUUGGAACUCAAAAGCUUCCUUUUCCUGAUAAUGCUUACGACGUUAUCCAUUGCGCAAGAUGCAGAGUCCAUUGGCAUGGAUACGGUGGUAGACCGCUUUUGGAACUUAACCGGAUUCUAAGACCAGGAGGGUUCUUUGUUUGGUCAGCUACACCGGUUUAUCAACACGAUGAAGGGCACCGUAGCGUUUGGAAAACUAUGGAGUCUUUGACUACAUCAAUGUGUUGGAAAGUUGUGGCUAGAACCCGGUUUACAAAAGUUGGGUUCGUUAUUUACCAGAAACCAGAUUCAGAUUCUUGCUAUGGAUCCCGUAAGAACAAUGAACCACCUAUUUGUAAUGAAGAAGACACAAAGAAGAACAGUUCAUGGUACACUCCUCUGCUUAGCUGUGUACCGAAAGUACCGGUCGGUUUAACCGGAAGAUGGCCUUCCCAAUGGCCUGGAAGGUUAACCGAUAAGCCGGUUAGUCUCUCAACAGAGCAGAGCAGUGAAGAGAGUUUCAGAGAAGACACAAGACUCUGGUCCGGAACCGUGUCAGAUGUCUACUUAAACGGUUUAGCUAUAAACUGGACCAAGAUUCACAAUGUUAUGGACAUGAAUGCUGGUUAUGGAGGAUUUGCAGCUGCUCUCAUCAACAGACCACUAUGGGUGAUGAAUGUGGUUCCUGUACAAGGUGAAGACACUUUAUCGAUGAUUUUCGAUAGAGGUUUGAUAGGGAUAUACCAUGAUUGGUGUGAGUCUUUCAACACGUACCCAAGAUCAUAUGAUCUCUUGCACUCUAGUUUCCUUCUCACCAAUCUUUCUCAAAGGUGUGAUUUGAUGGAAGUGGUAGUGGAAAUAGAUAGAAUAGUAAGGCCAGGAGGAUACCUUGUGGUGCAAGACACCGUUGAAAUGAUGAAGAAGCUUAACCCUAUUCUUUUAUCUCUACGGUGGUCAACGAAUGUGUACAAAGGGAAAUACCUUGUUGGCUUGAAGUCAACGUGGCGUCCAUAAACACAAACAUUCAUCCUCUUUAUAACAAGGAUUCAAGGAACUAUGAUUAGGAGGUGUUCAAUGGUUCUUUUUGUACGGAUCUUUUUCUAAUUUGUGACUAAGUAUAGGGAUUUAAAUUGACUCGAAACAAUUUUGACAAUGUUCCAAAUAUAAUACUUCAAAAUAAUUUCAAACUCAAUCUAUUUUAAAUUCAUUAAUUUUUGUUUUUUGUGUGUUUGAGAUAAGAAAGUCGAAAGUGGGCCUGAAUCAUAUAAUGGGCUUUCCCAGUGAGCCUAUUAGGACAAAACAGAAACGCAAAUGUCUCCCGUCUCAAUGUUCCUGGUAAAACCCUAGCUUAACGAACCCUUGAGCCGUUAUAUAAGUGUUCGCUGCAAAAGAUGUGACACCGAGAAGGGAAUUGGGAGGGCAUGGAAGGCAUUACACACUACAAAGGCUCAGCCUUUCGCUGUAUAAUCCCAGGGUUCACGGUGCCAAGGUGUAGAUUUCACACGUGGUGAAUCGAUUUAUGGGACUAAGUUUCAGGAAGAGAGAUCUUUAAGUUGAAGCAUAAGGGUCCAGGGAUUUUGUCUAUGGCUAAUUCAGGUCCCAACAGUUCUUUGUUUGCACGGAGAAGACCUCAUGGCUUUGGUUUUGUGUUUGGGAAAGCUGUGGAUGGGGUACAAUGUGGUGAAGGCAAAUGGAGUAGAGUUCUGGAUAAUAUCAAACAAGUUGGGGAUUUUCGUUUUUGUGGUUUCUAGUUAUGUGUUUGUAAUCAAAGUUGUACAAUUGUAAGACUUUUGGGAUGUGUAUAUAAGUUAUAAUGGAUCGUCUGGUUCCUGUCAUC